UAAAAAAAUUUUUAAUUUUUAUUAUUUUUUUCUAUAUCACAAGUCAUGAAGCAAAUAUACCCCUCUGUAAGGAGAAGGGUAUGAUAGUAGUUAUGUUUGUUUGCUUAAUAGCAGUGCUCCUCUAGGUGUGGAAAGUCUAACUGAUGUCCAUCUGGAGACAGCCAGUGUGACAGGCAGAUUUAGCAGCCGUUGUCCUAGACCUCUCUUGUACCACAUUCUCAUUGCUAAUUUUCUUCUUCUGAAAUGCCUUCUCAACCACUGAGGUGUUUUAGUGUUCUAGGGAGGAUAAAUGAGCUGAAUGGAAAGUUAGAUUUGGCCUCAUCACUACUGUCUCUGUGACCUUGAAUAACUAUGCAUUUAUUUCUGCCUCAUAUUUAUAAAGGAAUAGUAAUCCUUGCCCCUUGGUUUACUUGGCCUGAUGUUAUAGCCCUCUAUAAUCUGGCCCCAGCCUAUCAUUUGGACAACUAAUAUUAAUUGAGCAAUUACUGUGUGCUAAGCACUGUGGAUAUGUCAAUGAAAAGAAGUGUUUUCCCUGCCCUUGUGGAGCUUAUACUCUAAUAGGGGAGAUGCUCAAUGAACAAUCGCAAAUGUGAUGAAUGCCGUUUCCAAAAAGCAAUGUACUAUAAUGUUGGACACAUUGCAUUCUUUUUCUGAGCUUUAGUUUCCUCAUUUGUAAAAUGUAUUCACUUUAGACUGAUAAUUUAUACUGAUCCCCAGCUACAUGUGCACCAUGCUAAGAAAACAACAUUGAAUAAGAUGGUGUUUGCUUUGGAGGAAUUCACUCAGGUGAGGGAGACAAACAUAAAUAAUAAUCACAAUCAGAGAGGUACUUUGGAAGUACUAGGAGAGCACAGCACCCAAGGAGGCAUUCGUUCUUCCUGUGGUGGAGGCCAUGCCCACAAAGUGGCAGGUGACCUGUGACCCUAGACAUGAAGGCAAGAAAAAGCUCUCUAGACUCUGUUCCCAGGUACCCAAUAGCGUGUCUUGCAAAUUAGGGACUCUGUGAAUGUUGACUGAGUAGACACACCUAAGUCAUUAAGGGCCCAUUCAAAAGCAGGAAAUAUCAACAUAUUGAAAGAGGACAGCUAGUGAUAAUAGAAAUGUCAAAUGUCAAAUGCUUCUUAGCAAACCCAUUAUUUCCUGAGACAUGCAGCUUUUGAAAUGUUUUGUGAAUGGCUUUUAGGGAAAUUCAGAAAUAUUUCAGAUCUGGUUUCUUUUUGGGCUGAACUUCCUUGAUUCAAGUUAGUUUCUCAAAAAGUUAUUCUAAUUGCAUAGAGUUCCCUAAAUCAAUAAAUAAAAUUGGAUGAGCUGCAGGCAAUAGUUAUUUUUCUAUAGUAAAUUAAAAAUCUCUCCUCUUACUUUUUAAUUUUAUUUAAAUUUUUUUCUUUUUUGUUCCUCCCCUACUCUGAAGGAAAACUCUCUACAUUGUCUUUUAUUUUGUUACUGAAUAGGAAACAAACAAGACAGACAAAACAUCAGAAUGUUAUAAUAAUUUAGGAAAUCCCAUUGCUCUGUUUUCUGGCUAUAGUGGAAAUGAGAUCAAUCUCUAAAUAAGACUAUAGGGAAUUUUAUAUAGAUCACAAAUAAUUUACUUUUAGUUUCUUUUUCAUAGGAAUCCAACCCUUGAAAACCAGGUAGGCCUCCUCAAGAUUAAUCUAAUAUAGCAGUUCUUAAUGCAUCCCUGGAAGAUCUAUGAAGACCAUGAACCCCUGAGAUCAUAUGUUAAAUUGUGUGUGUGUUUAUGUGCUGGAGUUAAUAUGUACGUGCACACAUUUUUCUACUUAUGUGUAUGUCCUUGGGCAAAUUACCUAACUUCUUUGAACCUCUGUUUCUUUGCAAGAUUGUUGUUGAGGUUUAAAUGAAAUAAUGUAUUUUAAAUGUCUGACACUAUGCUUGGUAUAGCUGGUGCUCAUGGCAGCUGUUAUUAACAUUUUAUUUUAAUGGGUGAUGCUUGUUUAGUAUCCACAGUGACAAAAUAGAGAGAAAGAUAACUUAUUGUAGUGAGACAGCCUGAUUCAAUGGGAAGUACACAAUAUCAUCAAUGUAGAAUUUUUGCCAGAAAUGCUUAACUUACAACUAAUCAUGAGCAAAUAAUCAGACAAAUCCAAAUUGUGGGACAUACUGCAAAAAAGCUGACCUGUAAUCUUAAAAAAUGUCAAGGUCAUGAAUGACAAAACAAAAUAAAAGGUAUAGGGGACUGAUCUACAUUACUAAAGAGAUAUGACAAGCAAAUGGAAUAAUCCUUGAUUAGAUCCUGGACUUAAAAAAAAGCUAUAAAGGACUUUUUGAGGACAACUGGGGAGAUUUGAAUGGGAGCUACCCAUCAGAUAAUCAGUAACAAUGUUAGUUUUCUUGGAUGUGGUAGUGAUUCCAUCCAUUUAACUUGACAUGUUGUAGAUAUUGGUGUAUAGAUCAGUUGGCAUUCCUCAAUGUUGUCUUCAGGAAUGUCAGCAAAGCUGGAAGACUUCAAGGGGCUGCUUCAGAAGGCAGUGAUUUUCUUGAUCCCUGCAAGUAAUCAGCCUAUGGUCUUGGAUGCCAUUUGUUGGGAUAUUCUGUGUAAAUGAGUAUGGAAGAUUAUGAUUUCCUGUUCAAAAUUGUUUUAAUUGGCAACGCCGGUGUGGGGAAGACGUGCCUGGUCCGACGAUUCACUCAGGGUCUUUUCCCCCCAGGUCAAGGAGCCACAAUUGGAGUUGAUUUUAUGAUUAAGACAGUGGAGAUUAAUGGUGAAAAAGUAAAGCUACAGAUCUGGGACACGGCAGGUCAAGAGAGAUUUCGGUCCAUUACCCAGAGUUAUUACCGAAGCGCCAAUGCCUUGAUCCUCACCUAUGACAUUACCUGUGAGGAAUCCUUCCGUUGCCUUCCCGAGUGGCUGCGGGAGAUAGAGCAAUAUGCCAGCAACAAAGUCAUCACUGUGUUAGUGGGCAACAAGAUUGAUCUGGCUGAAAGGAGAGAGGUCUCCCAGCAGAGAGCCGAAGAAUUCUCAGAAGCUCAGGACAUGUAUUACCUGGAGACCUCAGCCAAGGAAUCUGAUAAUGUGGAGAAACUCUUCCUUGAUUUAGCAUGCCGACUCAUCAGUGAAGCCAGACAGAACACACUUGUGAACAAUGUAUCCUCACCCUUACCUGGAGAAGGGAAAAGCAUCAGCUAUUUGACUUGUUGUAAUUUCAACUAAAGGCUGAGGCAAGGAGAAGCAAAAGGAAUCAGCAGCUGCCCUAUGGGCCACACGUUACUGGGGAGAUCUGGAGAUGACUGUGGCUCCCGCUCUCGGAUCUUCUGACUCCUGUGAGCUCCUGAGCUUACAAAGCAUGGCAGGCCAAGGGCCUCAACCGCAGGCCAGCAUUAGCAGAACAUAUAAUGGUUUCACCCUUUUGCAGUCUGGAGUUGGAGCAAGGAGAAAAUUGCACUAGGCACUCCAUGAUCUGCAGAGCAUGUUGCUUUUGUUUUUUUAAAAAGCAAGUAAAAGUGCAUUCCUGAACACAGCCCAGGGGGGAAUGUACUGUAGGGAUCCCUCCUGCACGUCAGUGGGUGCAUGUGGGGGCUGUUCUUUAGGGCUUCAGUAGUAAUCUUCUAGGGGCCCUGGUUUUCUUGUCUACCAGGUAAACCAAAACUGGGAAGGCCAAGUACUGUCUCUGUGGUGCAUAUUGAUGACCCCGUGGGGAUUUUGAAAAGUGUUAUUUCUCUUGUCCACAGGCACUUUCAAGAACUUUGGGAUGUAAAAACGAAACGAAACCUUUACCCAUGACCAACAGUAACAAUCAUUGUUUUAAUAAUAUAUUCAAGCUCCAUGACUCCUUUUGGUGCUAAUGAUUCUGCUGUUUCACAGACCAAACGUUUUAGUACAUUGAUGUCUUUAAAUGUAUUAUAUAGAAAUAAAAAAAUGGGGGAAGUCCAUGAAUCAGCACUCUUUCGCAAAGUCUCAUUACUACCUUUUUAAAGGUGGAUUUGUUAGAAAAGAGAGUACUUUUCCUUUCAUGUUCCCCAUUGAAUCUCUACCAUUUUCUUCUACUCUCUUAUCUUCCUGCCCUUUAAGUAAAUGAAAAAAUUUGAAAAAUGAAAAAAAUAAUACAGAUAUGGACGAUAUCUAAAACAUGAGUAGUAUGAGAAAACUGACCAGAUAUGACCAAAAUACUGUGGAUUAAUGGACUGCAGUGCAGGGUUUCAAGCAGAGCACAGUCCUAGAUAGCAGGUCACAUCACAUUUACUUCCUGGUACUGUCCAUCUUGGACAGACCAAGGCUUAGGAUUUUGUAGAUUUUUAUAGUAUGAUCAGUGAGAAUAGCAACAGAUGAAAAGUUUCACGAUCCAUUUUUGUAUCUUCAAUGAUAACCUUAGAAAAAUUCUGCUUGUGGAAGCAGGUUGAACUGUCAUUUAUCCCCUCUUGUAAUAAUGUUACUCUGAGACUCAAUGACCAUACACUCUUUCCUGUUUCUUUUUCUUUUCCUUUCUUUCCUGGUCUCUCUCUCCUUUCCUCCCUCCCUCCCCCCACUUCUUCCCUCCCAUCCUUGUAUGCAUGUGUUACUGCAAAUCUCCAAUUCAAAUGGAGGUGUAUAUGCCUUUACUUAGCCAAUUUUAAAACAGGACUCAAAAUGGAAGAUGUGCUGCUGAAUGUGUUUCUGUUUCUUCAGUGCCAUACUUUGAUAUCUUCCAAUUUGUUCUCUGAUAUAAAUGCAAAUUGGGAAAAUAAUUAAACCUGUUAUGUUGUUGAUGCUGUCAGAGGUUUCUGUAGUUUGCUGCUUAGCAUAACUGAGGGAUGAGUAAUGGAAUAAGAUGUAGUAUACAAUUCCACUGUUGCUGUAGAUGGUGACAACCUCAGUCCUGAUAUGUUGAUGUUUAAAAGCUAUUUAAUUGUAAAGAAAUGAGUGACACAGGGACAUGAUAUUGAUAAAGCAUCUAGCAUUUCUCUAACAGGUUCCAGAGUGACCAAUCUCUUGCUCAUGGGAUUAUAUAUAUUGUGUAAGGGACUGAUAUGUUUGAUUGCCCUCACUGUGUUUUUCCCGAUCCUAUGGGAAAGAGAAAGGGAUUCCGGAAGUUUGACUUGUUUUGCUUUUAGAAUCUGCCUCUACAGGAAAGAAAAAUCAUUUUAAUAAAAAUCAAAACAAUUUAUAAUAAUUGUAACUUUCCCUCCCCAUCUUCUCCACUAAGCCAGCAAGUAAAGGUAUUUAGAAAACAAGUUAAUCAAAGUGGGCAGAAGAAUUUCGCUUUUUAAACUGUGAGGAAAUGUCCCUAACUUUAGAUUUAUUACCUUUCAUUUAGGGCAAAAGUGCAAUGUCCCCAGCACAUGAUGACUCAACUUUGUCUCACAGCAGCAAGUGUAUUGAAAAUAAAGUUGCUUUGUGAACUUA